AAAAUUUGGGAUAAUUUCUGAGAUUGUAGAAUACGUGUUCUUAAAAAGUUGCUCUAAUAGUAGGAUCUGGAUAUUGUCAGGAAAUUUUUUUUUGGCCUGUUCAGGAUUCGGUUCGGAAAUAAUGUCAUCCUGAAACUCAUAUUGAGGAAUCUUGACUGCAUCCACUGAAAAUCUAGUCACAACGCAAUAAAACGCAGACCAACGAGAAAUCAUCAAAUCUUCACAAGGCCAUCAGAACCUUUGUCGUUAAACGUCGGAUAUAAAUCGCAUAAAUGGUUAAAUUAUACGGCAAGAUAUUAAAGAUGUCGUCAGAUUUAGUAAACGGAUUGGAGAACAUGGAAAUUAAUCAUAAUAACUGUACGGGGCCCGGGAAUACCGCGCCACCGGGGAAGAUCAAAUGGGAUUGCCGCCGAGGAAGUGCCGGCGUGCACGUGCCAUUCCGCAUAAUUGAGGAGCCGUGUGCACACGAGGAAGGAGAGGAGAAUUCCGAAAACGGUUGCGGAAAUUGUCAAUGCAAAAAUUUCGAUGUGAAAAAUUUAAAAAAUGGUUUGUUCCCGCAUUCGAUAAUAAUGGACAUGCACGGGGCGUUGAAUGGACACGUGGAAUUGAACGGACGGGAGAGUCCGGAAUUGCGGUCCGACCCGGAAUCGUUAGAACCGGAUUCGCCGUUACCGCCCACCGUCGAACAAAUACAAAGUCACCACGACCAGGACGUCAAAAUUUUAUUAAAAAGUCCCGUGAAACAAAAAUUGGACCCCAAAAAUAUGGACUUGAGUUUAGGCUUGGGAUUGAAUCGAAUCGUAGUCGGCCCCAAGGACCGACCCGACGGACCUCUUUCCGACUCCGCCGCAGAAAAGCGGGCGCAGCGGGAACAAAACGCCACAACAGCGAAACAGUCAUGGCUACUGCGAUUGUUCGAAUCGAAACUUUUUGAUAUGUCAAUAGCGAUCACGUAUUUGUUCAACUCGAAGGAGCCUGGUGUGUUGACGUAUCUCGGAAACAAACUUUUCAGCUUCGAUCCGGACGAGGUUGACUUCUACUUGCCACAGUUACUAAAUAUGUACAUUCACAUGCACGAUGUGGCAGAGGCUAUACAUCCUUACAUUAUUCACAGGUGCCGGACGAGUGUAGAAUUCUCCGUUAUGGCUUCCUGGCUCCUUGGUGCUUACUCCGACUACCCCAAGGCCAGCUCGAAAACAAAGGGUCUCAAACUCCGAAAGAUGAUCAUGUCGGAAGAGCUGAGACCGAAAGAUAAGCUGCCUACUAGUCCUGGUACCCUUCCUAGUCCAACGAUACCCACCAGUGUCCUCUCACCAAACAAGAAGAUACAUCACGUACGAGCGCACUCCGAUGUGACAGGAGUCCCACAGGUGGCGCUCAGUGCGCCGCAAGGACACCACCUCAAACGUUGCCAGAGUGCCGUCAAUGCGAACAGCAAGGCCCUUUGCGGCGACUUGACGAGCGGGCGGGCGUUCGACAACGGGUGUACGUGCUUCGACUCCGAGGAAGGUGUGCUGAGCGACCUCAAGGGAAUGUCUAUUGAGUGCCAUUGCGGGGCGCCCAGACUGAGCCCCCAGCUGGAGUUCGUCCGAGCCCUAAUGAACAUCGGCAAGCGACUCCAACAAUUGCCAACAAAAGAGCUAAGAACUGCCAGACUGAUCGCCGAACUCUCGAUGCUGAACCUCAACCUCCCCGCCAGGGUGUGGUUACCCGUCCAUGGGAACAAGGCUGGUUGCCACGUGGUGCGGAUUCCCCACACGCAGGCCGUGGUGCUCAAUUCAAAAGAAAAGGCCCCAUACUUAAUCUAUGUCGAGGUGUUGGAAUGUGAGAACCCCCAUGCUGCACCAGUGCCAUCCAAAAUCUUAGAAAACACGUUACGAUUUACGAAAUCGGAAGAGGACCUGACGCAGAUGUACAUACGCGGAGACCACUCACCACCACCGUGUAUCACCUUCGGAAAUAACGAAUUUGACGACGCGGAUUGCUGGUCACAGGAAGACGAUGAGAUUAUUCAGUUUGCUGCCAAGAACCGUCAAUGUGAUACGAUAUCCCAGUUUUCUACCGAGAGCUCCACCAGCGGAGAUAGCAAAGAGCCCGUCUACAUCGCGGCCGGUGACAUCCGACGGAGACUCUCAGAGAACUUACAAGCGCCGAAUUCAAAGACGACAUUUAAGCGUGAUCCGGAGGACCCCUCUGCUGCUGCCCUUAAGGAGCCUUAUGAAGACAAGAUGCAGCGGAUACGAGAGUCGUCACCGUACGGUCACAUGCCCAACUGGCGCCUGUUGUCCGCCAUCAUCAAAUGCGGCGACGACCUCCGACAGGAGUUACUGGCGUACCAAGUUCUCCGCCAACUUCAAAACAUCUGGGAAGAGGAGAAAGUCCCAUUGAAAAUCCAACCGUACAGUAUCAUUGUGACGUCGCAGGACAGCGGAAUGAUCGAGCCGAUCCUAAAUGCCGUAUCCCUCCACCAGAUCAAGAAGAACAGCAAACUCUCACUGCUGAACUACUUUAUCCGGGAAUACGGUCCCACGAAUAGCGAGGAGUUUUUGAAUGCUCAGCGAGCGUUCGUCCAGAGCUGUGCUGGGUAUUGCAUCGUCAGUUACCUCAUGCAGGUCAAGGAUAGACACAACGGUAACAUUCUGUUGGACGCCAAGGGUCACCUGAUUCACAUCGACUAUGGCUUCAUCCUGUCGAACUCUCCGGGCAAGAAUAUGGGCUUCGAGAACUCGCCGUUCAAAUUGACGCAUGAAUUUGUUGAGGUGAUGGGAGGGCUCGGUAGUGAUAUGUUCGAGUACUUCAAGAUCCUGAUGUUGCAGGGCUUCCUGGCGUCACGCAAACACAUGGACAAGAUAAUACCUCUUGUGGAGAUUAUGCAGACAGGUUCCACGCUUCCAUGUUACGGCAAAGGCAUCAGCACAAUCCGCGCCCUGAAAGACCGGUUCCACCUGAACCUCACCGAGGAGCAGUUGCAGCUGCUGGUCGAGGGCAUGGUUGAGACUAGUCUACAUUCCCUCACGACCAAACUCUAUGACGGUUUCCAGUAUUUCACAAACGGAAUCUUAUAGUCGUUGCUCGAAAUGAUCUAGACUCCUCUGCUGUAUCAUGAAUGCUCUGCUGUAUGCUGUACUUUGAAAAGGACACUCAGUACCCUGCUGUACACUGUACUUUGAUAAGGACACUCAGUAUUCUGCUGUACGCUGUACUUUGAAAAGGACACUCAGUACCCUGCUGUAUGCUGUACUUUGAAAAGGACACUCAGUACCCUGCUGUAUGCUGUACUUUGAAAAGGACACUCGGUACCCUGCUGUACGCUGUACUUCAAAAAGGACACUCAGUACCCUGCUGUACGCUGUACUUUGAAAAGGACACUCAGUAUUCUGCUGUACGCUGUACUUUGAAAAGGACAUUCUGUACUCUGUACUUCAAAAGAUCACAAGUUGCCCUACUUGGACAAGACAUUCGGAAAGCUGAUAUUCUCUGCACUUUGGACAGAACUGUUCGUUGUGUUUGAAUGGAGAAGUUUUGGAACUCUGCCGUAUUAUCUUAAAAAUCUUCUGCUAUGCUUCCUCAAAAAAAAUUUUAUGUGGUAAAAAACUGGAUGAAAUUUCAUAAAACAUCAAGACGAAAAUUUAAAUUUUUUUUCUCACUAAUCAUGAAGUGAACGGAUGUGAAAUUUUGCUGUCCGCGGUAUCAGUUGAAAUUAGUAAAAAAAAAGUUCACCUGAACCCGGCAAACUUCUGACAACGUAUUCACCGCUUCUGAAAAAACGUAACUAAACCUAGUAGAUUUUAUUUUAUGCUGUAAAUACCUUCUAAGUUAUAGGCCUAUCGUUUCGACAUAUUUCUUGCAAUGCUAUUUAGAUAUUUCUUGCUGGUAAAUAAAUUACUCGCAUUUCUUGAAUUAUACCAAAAGAUAUUGGAGAUCGAAUUUUUUUAUAUGUUACAACAUUUUGGGAUAGAUUAUCAAAACAUUAAAUCUAAAAUAACAUGAGUAAAAUAACCAAAAAAAGGAAAGAAAAUACUACAUAUAUUUGAUAAAAUCAACAAAUUUGAAGUCACAUGAUACCAUGCUGAUAGAAAAUGCUGAGUGCUUUUAUCUGUCGACAGACAGGUUGUUCCAAAAAAAUUCACAAGGGAGUUUUGGAUACUCUUGGGAUAUGCUCUGCUUCAAAUUCUUAAUAUUCUUAAAAGCUAACCUCAACCAGUUCAGAAGGAGUGCCAUGCAUGUAUGCUACUAAAUUCAAAGUAAAUAAUUUGAGGUAUUGACGGUGUUUCAAACUAAACGAUAAUUUUUUCAGAGAUGCCCUGUAUUCCAGUGUUCUUCACAGUGUUUUCUCAAGGUAGGGUGGAACACUUGUUUAUUCAAGAAGUUUUGCCAGUGUGCCACACAAGGUAGGGUUGCCAGCAAUAUUAGGUAGGGUGGGCCCACAUAAACCCUUUGAAAAAUUCUAGAGCAAGGGGGGGGUGGUAUUAUAAAGCUGCCAAGGUAGGAUGGGCCGCCCUGAAAUACGCCUUGUGGUGAAUACUGGGUAUCAUGAGUCGGAAUGGAAUACAUUGCAUUUGUGACGUAAGGGCAAGUACACAUAUGAAUGAUUAGUGAUUGAAUAUUCAUGCAUACGCUAUUGAGAUUCAAAUUGUUCAUGAAUAUUCAUAGAACCUGCUAUAUAGUAUUCUUGUAAAUCUUUGUAAAAUAAAUGCGUUACAAUCUGGCUUGUAAAUUAUUGUAUGAUAUAAAUCGCUGUCAUCCCUAUUCUUCAGAAAUGGGACGUCCUUCUUCCAUUAAUGGACUGUCCUAUUCCCCAGCAAUGGGGAUGUUAAUAUGUAAAUUUCAAACUAUCACUACCACUGUUCAGAAAUGGACUCUUCCACCGAUUGAUCUGGACCAAUCCAUUCACUUUAUAGGGUUGUCCGUGUGUAAAUAGGCUGAAUAUCAGUGACUUUUCCUGAAAUCUCGUUUCAAGUUUCUUGAUUUUUGAUACGCUGGAAAUUUCCAGCAAUUUGGGUAGAAACAAGAAUGGUAAGAACUAAUCCUUGUGAGACAUUUUACGAAUCUUGUGUCAAGAUUUUUAUACUGGUAUAAAGGGGAUCGUCAGGUAUUUUUAUACUGGUAUAAAGGGGGAUACUACAUGCAUGUUGAAACGUACUAAAAAAGAAAUUAACGCCUAAUAUCAAGGUUGUACAUUUCCAAGAUAAUACUCAGUGGGCAAGCACAAAAGCGAACAAGUACUGGUUGUCAUGGUGACCACCUUGGUUGCUAUGGUGACCAUAACCAUUUGUAAGAAAUGAAUGAGUUUUGAUUCCGUAUAUUCUACAUAUCUGUGUAUGGCUAAUGGAAAUGUACCAUUUGUGCUGGGUGGGGGAAAUGUUGGCCCACCUGAUUUCCUAUUCAGUCAGGUCUCUUCCUUGAAAUUCUUGCCAUGGUUGCUAUAGAAACAGCUACCAUGGUAACAGUUUCUAUGGUGACUAUAAAAAAUCAAACAGAUUUUUUGGAAUUGUCAUGUUAGGAGGCCUACGGCAUUAUACUGGUAGAACAUUCUUGAAAAUUGAAACUCUUUGAAAAAGAAUUUGUUAAUUAAGUAUUCUGGUCAUUUUCAUGGCUAAAAAGGCUUGUACCUUGUCCCCAUAACUAUGAAUUGUGUAGCUCUAUAUGUAGUGUCUUCUUAUGAAAGAGGCUUAUUUUGACUGGGUUCGAGGUUGAACCUAUACUUUCAGAUUGAAGAAAAAUGAGAUUGAAAGUUUUUUUAAUUUGAACCUUUUCAAGAUUAAAACGUUUGCUCUAAAUUACCCCUUAAAGCAAAUAUGGACUGUUCCAUUUCAAAGAAUUGCUGUCUGUUUGGAUUGAUCCAUUGUUUGUUUUGAUGGGUUCCGUUCCAGGGCAAUAUGACUCAGAGGACAGAAGUCAACCAUCUGUAGAUAACAAAUGUUCCAAUUACCCCUGGAAGCAAUUAUGAACUGUUCCAUCUCUAUGUAUUGCUAUAUGGUGGAAUAUUCCAUUGUGUUUUCGAGGGGUUCCAAGUUGAUUUGACUGGAAGUCAACAUUUCUGUAGAUAAUAAUCAAUCGGUAUGAUGAAAGGUUUUUAAAAUGUAAUAAAAUCAUAAGUUACAAAGAA